GCGGUGGUGACACACACACACAGGGCAGAGGACUGUGAAGGAGACGGUGAUGUAGGCGCUUUUUUUGCUUGUGUGCGUGCCGCUGCGAUCCGCGGAGGAGCUCGUGCGCACCAGUGUCUCGUGAGGCUCCACCUCGGUGUCUAAAAUGGCAGCGGGGGUUGCUGCUGCGGCGGUGCAGAUGCGGCUCCUCCGGCUCCUUCCGGCUGAGCUGCGGCUCGGAGACCCUCCUACUCCUCAUAUGUCGUCAUCGAGUCUCGCCCAGUCAAAUCACAGGCGAGAAAACAUACUGAGGAAGAGGAGGAAAAAAAAGAAAAGAACACAAGCAGAUCACCAGGCAAAGCGCGGCCGGAGCGAGCCGGCUUCAGGCUUCGUGCGGGCUCCAUUUGCUUUCUCUUCUUUCUUUUUCUUUUUUUUUCUGUUACCGUAAAUAAGAUGAGGGGACUCCUGUCGUUUUACCGGGGCCUGCACACCCUGAGUAACCGUCAAGCCAGACGAAAAGCUGGGACUGUCGGUUCUCGGUGCGGGUUUUGCGGAACUCAUUCUAAUAGCAAGCCACAGCCACGCUUCGGACUGCUGUUCGACAUCGAUGGCGUGCUCGUCCGUGGGAGGAUGCCACUCCCCGCCGCAAAAAAGUCAUUCGAGAAGCUGGUCGACUCUCAGGGACAGUUUUUGGUGCCGGUUGUUUUUGUCACAAACGCAGGGAAUUGCCUCCGGCAGACGAAAGCGGACCAGCUGUCUCACAUCCUGGGAGUCCCUAUUACACAGGAUCAGGUCAUCAUGUCCCACAGUCCCCUGAGGAUGCUUAAGAAGUUUCAUGACAAGUGUGUGCUGGUGUCCGGACAGGGGCCGGUUCUGGAAAUUGCUAAAAAUGUGGGCUUUAAAAAUGUUGUCAGUAUUGACAUGCUGAGGGAAUCGUUCCCGUUGCUGGACAUGGUGGAUCACAACCGGAGACCCAAACUGCCGUCCAAUCCUAUUGGCAACCUUCCCAAGGUAGAAGCUGUGGUCUUGUUUGGGGAACCGAUUCGAUGGGAGACCAACCUGCAGCUGAUAGUGGACGUUUUGCUGACCAACGGUAACCUCGGCAGUGUUCACAACACCCAAAAUAAUCCUCACCUCCCCCUGCUGGCCUGCAACAUGGACCUCAUGUGGAUGGCCGAGGCACAUUCGCCACGGUUUGGCCACGGGACUUUUCUCGUGUGCCUCGAGAACAUCUACAAGAAGAUAACCGGUAAAGACCUGAAGUACGACGCUCUCAUGGGGAAACCCAGCGAGCUGACGUACCACUUUGCAGAGUAUCUCAUCAGAAGCCAGGCCGUGCAGAGGCAAUGGAAACAUCCCAUCACUUCCCUUUAUGCCAUAGGAGACAACCUUAUGACGGACAUCUACGGCGCCAACCUGUACAACCGCUACCUGGAGGAGAGGGUGGCCAGGAAGAACCCCAAAGCCAUUGCCAAGAUGGUGGCCGCCACGGGGUCCACCGCCGCCGUGCCCCAGGAGGAGGAGAUCGACAAUUUGCUGGAGAGCGAGCUGGCGCUGCCCUCGGCCACCUCCUGCAAGUCUGUCCUGGUCUGCACCGGGGUGUACAACCCCAACGCAGAGGUGCCGUCUGACGCAAACGACUGCAUCAAAGAGACCGUGUUCCACGGGCACCGGGACUUCAGAUUCGACCCCGCGCUGGUGGAGCCGGGCUUCAUCGUGCACGACGUGGCCGAUGCCGUCGACCUCAUCUUCGAGCAGGAGAAGUUUGUGCCUCAGUAGAGUUUUGAGCCAACAGGUUUUGUGCGGGUCCACGCAGAGGGAGGGAGUGGAAGUGCUAAACUGAGUAUACCACUUAAUGCGUAAACCUGUAGGAGCCUAACACUGUGGACAUUGUUUAACCACCUGACAGGGCAUUAACAUUAACGACACAUGGGUCAUGUUUUAAACUUUCAAUACAUUCAGACAAACUUUAGAGAAGAUGAAUCAUGUAACCGUUACUGUCAACCGCUCUUUUUUUACGUUGUUUUUUUGUGAUAGUCUUCAAUUACCUGUCUUUCAUUAAGGAGAAGUGUCAGAACGGCCUUAUUUGACCCUGUUACUCAGUAUUUUUUUAGACGAUAGUAACGUUUUAGAUAAUUACAAAUCCUGAAAUCAUCCUAUAUUUAUUACAGAUAUUGAAGAAGCGUUUUUAAGAAGCAUCAGAUAACGUUUUGACCUUUUAUUCCCAAGGGGACUUUUAUUAUUGCAUUUGUAGUCAUUUGUUUACCCGUUUAUCCUGGAAAAUCUAUGCAUGAAUAUAAGAGUAAUACUUGUAUUGUUAAAAAAAAAGAAAAGAGAAAGAAAGAAAAAGAAACAGCAACUGUUUGAUGUGCAAUAUUGUCCUCUAAUAGUCUGUCUGCAUUUUGUCUAGUGGUGAGAGCCUCGACCAGUAUUUGCACAGAUCAGAAACUUUCAUCUCUGUUAAUUGUUACCAUACCAUCCUGCCAUAACCUGUUUAUUAUGAUGUAGAAACUCAUUUUUAUGCUUUAAGAUUUUAACUGCGGAGGCGAAAAGCUAAACAAGACUUUUAUUUAGAUACAAAGUACAACGCCAAUCCAACGCUGUUACGGCGCUACAUUUGAUCAUUUGUAGUAAUGUACUCAUUGUAAAUACUGUGACUAAAGGAAAUAUAAUAGUUGCACAAUGCUUUUUGCAAAGUUCUGUCUUUUUUCCAUCAAAUAUGAGACACAGCGUUUGAUAAUUGAAGGUGCAUUAUGUUGUUAUGGGGAAGAAAUGUAUCAGAGGAGAGGAGUUUUCUUUUUUUAUGCCCUAAACAAACUGAAUAAACACACUGACCCAG